AUGGAGUCAAUUGCAGAUUUGAGCAACUACUUCUUCUUCCAUACCCCUGGGAGACCUAAUUUGAAGCAAGGCAUACGAGCGUAUAGUUACGGUACUGCAGACGUGCUCACCGAUGCUCAGCUAGUUGCACUGACUCUGAACGAGAUCUGCGUUCUGCAAGGCAGAGGACAGGUCUUAUGGUACCCCAGCUAUCAACAUAAUGUGAUCAUCCUCUUCCGUGAACUUGAGUCAAGGAGCGAGAACCAUGCUCACUGA